UUGCGCAUGCGCGCACUUCAGUCAGUAAGCUAAGGGAAGUGACAUCUCAUUGCAUUACUUUAUUUGUCCAAGUUUAUGGUCAUUCGCCCUUACAAGUGUGCAUUACAUUUUUUUUCACGGUUUAUUUCUGGUGGUUUAAUCACUUACUGUCUAAACAGGUUUACAAUGGCCAACUCUGAGCCCUCAGGUGCAAUGGAUGUAGGACUGUCAGAAGAGUUUGCAGUCCCCUCUCAUGUAGAGGAGGUCAAGAAGCUCAUGGCUGAGUUUGCUGAACGUCAUGGAUCAGCCGGUCGCAAAGUAGUUCUGAUAACAUCAGGAGGCACUAAAGUUCCUCUGGAGUCCAGAACUGUACGUUUUUUGGACAACUUCAGCAGCGGCCGAAGAGGGGCAUCUUCUGCUGAGUAUUUCCUCGGUUCUGGUUAUGCAGUGAUCUUUCUGCAUAGGCAUCGUUCUCUCUAUCCAUACUCUCGAUUGUACACUGGGGUUAAUUUACUGGACGGUUUAAAAUUACAGAUUGAUAAGAAGGACACUGGUGAGGUUGUGGUGGAUCAGAAGGUACUUCCAAACAUUGGACAGGUUCUCAAACGGUAUCAGGAAGUGAAAGCGAAUGAAUUACUGCUGCCAGUGGAAUUCAACACUUUAUCGGAGUAUCUUCAUCUUCUCAAGGCUUCAGCACAGGCUUUAAACUCCAUAGGAUCCAAAGCUAUGUUUUAUCUGGCUGCGGCUGUCUCUGACUUUUACAUACCGGCUUCUGAAAUGCCAGAACACAAAAUUCAAUCCUCCAAUGGUCCACUUCAGAUAAGUAUGAAGAUGGUGCCCAAGAUGCUCUCCCCGUUGGUGAAAGACUGGGCACCUCAGGCUUUUGUCAUCUCUUUCAAGCUGGAAACCGAUCCCUCCAUCCUUUUGGAGCGAGCACGUCGUGCCUUAGACACUUAUAACCACCAGGCAGUGGUCGCGAAUGUUCUUGACACCCGCCGUGGAUACGUGGUAGUUGUCACCAAGGACACACAACAAGAGUUAAUCCUCACAGACGAGGAAGUGCAGAGAGAUGUAGAAAUUGAAGAAAGGAUUGUCAGCAAUCUGACCUCAGCGCACAGUCAAUUUAUGUCUCAAAUAUGAAAAGCUUUUGAUUCUUUGCAUUUUAACUAAAGUUGCUCUUGAAGGCAGAUCUGGGAUCAUGUAACAAACAAUCAAGGUUAAAAAUUUGAGUGGACAGACAUCUAAUUGUGGUUAUGUGAUAUUUCAGUGUUUAAGUAUAGAAGCUUUAUGAAAAAGCAAAAAACAAAUCAUUUUCUUUUGUCUACAAAUGGAGAGCUAUAUAAAUCCUGUUUUAUCCAUAGGUUAGGCACAAAUGAGAACGGAUGAUUAUAUGAUUGCAUGUACAUUUGGUGUACAGUCAUUGUUAAAUAUUAAAUAAUUAUAAUAAUUUGACACUCCUUUUCAUGGAUCAGCGUUGACAGUAUGUAAUAGAACUAGCAUUCAUACACAGAGAAACACACACACCUUUACCUUAGUUGUUUGACAGUAACAGAAUUGACACUUAAGUUAGACAACAGACAAUCAUGGUUUUUAGCUAUAUAAGACACUUUUUAUAGAAAAAAAUUAUAUUGUUGUGGCCUGUAACAUAUUGUGAUCCAUGACGAUGAGUACUAUAUCAUUGAAAGAAUUAAAAAUAUAACUAUUUGGAAAAAAGUAGAACAUACUGAAUAUAACAUUGCAUUUUUUUCAUGUUAAUCAGAUUUUAAGUCUGUCUGCACUAAAUCACAAUGCAUUACCAGUUGCUUUUAACAAUGUAGUAUGUAUGAAAAGAACAAUAAACUCUCUCAAAUAUUUA